UCAUUACAACAUCCACAUCGGAAGAAGUUGUCCUGUUACAUGGUCAUAUCCAGCUCCGUACCAAACGUAUUUCAGACGAUCAGUUCAGUUUGCGAUUAUCCUUGUUGAUGAUUGGAUCGAGAUCAAAUGAUUUUUGAGUCCGAUGUAUAUGACCAUUGAGUGCCAUUUUUGAAGUGUGUGGUUUAUUCAAUAAUUUCGUUUUGAUUUUAUCAGUGAUGUACUUGACAUUCUUAAGAGAUAAUAGCUAAUCAUUAUGAACCGAACACAUUGGCGCAUAUAACUUUAGUUCGCGCUUUUCUGUCAUCUGUUGAAUCGAUUUUCGAAAAUGGGUGCCACCUCCGGUAUGAUGAUCUAUAUGAUCUCGGCUAUUGCUCAGAUCAUCUCCUUCGUGUGUGGUACAUGCCUAACAUGGUCAUCUCCAGUCCAAACUAUACUGAACAGUACAAGUACAACCCCUCUAGACCAAGUAUAUGACCCUGACAGUUCUGAAACUGCUUGGAUCACCUCUCUACUCACAGUUGGUGCAAUUUUUGGCUCUCCUUUAUUUGGAAUGGCUGCCGGAAAAUUUGGUAGAAAACCAAUAUUGGUAUUCCUCGGAGUUCCAUUUGUCAUCAGUUAUUUACUGCUGGCAUUUUCCAAAAAUCUAUACUGCUUCUACUUCGCAAGAGCAUUCUCAGGCUUGGCCCUUGGCGGAGUGUUCACAGUAAUCCCAAUGUACAGCGGAGAGAUUGCCGAAGAUUCCAACAGAGGCAUGCUGGGAGCUGCAAUGAACUGUUUCAUCACCCUGGGAUUGCUAGCAUCUGUGACUUUAGGUCCCUACAUCGACUUCAUGUGGUUCAACGUGAUUCUAACGAUAUUUCCAGCUAUGUUCGUGGUGUUAUUCUUAAUAUUCUGCCCUGAGAGUCCUUAUUUCCUCAUCAAAAAAGAUUUCGGCAAGGCUGAAGAAGCGCUAAGAUUGAUUAGAGGCACCUACGACGUCAGCAAAGAGUUGAGUAUCAUUAAAAAUACUGUUGAGAAGUCUGAAGGUGGAUCUUUCAUGGAUAUAGUCCAAGAUAAAGGCAAUCGUAAAGCUUUCCUGAUAGGUGCAGGACUCAUUUUCUUCCAGCAGUUCUCAGGUAUUAAUAUUGUCCUCUUCAACGGCACUACAGUCUUCGAAGCAGCUGGAGGUGACAUGCCUCCAGAGUAUGGACCAAUCAUAAUCGCCAUAGUACAAUUCUUAACCAGUUUCAUCACACCCAUAUUCUCCGAUAGGUCUGGAAGAAAAAUUCUGCUGUUUAUAUCUCAUACUUGCAUGUUAACAGUACAGAUAUUCUUCGGUUUGUAUUUCUUCAUGCAGAAAAACGACCCGAGUUCCGUCGAGAACUACAGUUGGCUACCAAUCACAACUCUAGUUAUCUACAUCACAGCUUACAACACUGGAUCUGGACCCAUACCUUGGGCUGUGUUGGGAGAGCUCUUCCCAUCGAACAUAAAAGAUUUGGCAGCCUCUGGAGCAUCAGCAGUAUGUUGGAUCUGCGGUUUCAUCAUCACUUUCACAUAUCCCUUCUUCAAAAAUUCAAUUGGAAUCGGUAUUACUUUCUGGAUUUUCAGUGGUUUUGGAGUGUUCGCAGCAUUGUUUAUUGUAAUGUUCGUGAUUGAAACUAAAGGAAAAAGCUUACAACAAAUUCAGGAUGAAUUGAGCUCGUGAGUUGAACAGAAAGCAGCUGAAACGAUCUAACGAUGGUUAUUAUUAGUAAAAUUAAAAAAAAAGGACAGAACAAUUGAAUUUGACUCAAACGUGAAAGUAGGAAAAUGAAAAAUUGACAAAUUAUUUAUAGUAGUUAAUGGACUUGAGAAUAUUAUUUCUGUUCGUGAAAGAGCUGUAAUGAUACAUUGCAAUUUAAAAAAUGUAAAUAUGAUCUGACUUAUUUCAAGUCAUAUAUCUUAUACAUUCCAUAUUAUUUAUUUAUAUUUCUUAUAAUAAAAUGAAAAUAACUUA